CCCAUUUCGCCGCAUGCAUCCUGGCCCGGCGGUCUGCAGACCGAAAAAGAACGCCACCGAAAUUUGUGUGCACACAACACAAAACCCAAAACAGAGACAUCCAUUUUUUCAUCGAUUGAUCUGCACGCAUUUUCUUUUUGCAGAAAUUUAAAACUAACGUAGAUCGGUGAUUGUACUUUCGGUUUUCGUUUCAAAUUAGUUUGAAGACCCAAUUCCAGCUAUGGAAGACGACACCAUCCGCAUUACGCAUUUCAUCAAUCCGCACAUGUUUUGGUACAAACCGGUGUCGGCCUAUGUCCACAACCUGGAGGAAAAGCGGUUCCAGUUGGCCAUUGACGAGUAUUGCGAGGAAAACUUCCGGCGAAUCGAUGAGGACCGUGUGUGCGAAUCGUUUCCGGGAGAGACCGUAGCCGUUCUGGACUUUGACCGGAACAAGUGGUGCCGGUGUGUAGUGGACCGGGUCCUAGAGGACAGCAACGGCGAAAAGCGGUACAAUCUGUGGGCCAUCGAUGAUGGAGUGCCGAUUCAAUCGUCUUCCCGCUAUGUCAAUCCGUUGCCGGAUAAAUUUGCCAGAAUCUCCAUCAGUAAAGUUCGUCGAGGCGCCAUCAAGAACAUUCUUCCUUCGGAACAGGUGUACGACUUCCAAGCGGACAGACUUAUGCCAAAAAUCAGCUCACGUUGGGAUCCAAGUGCAGCGGAAGUAUUGCAAUCCAUCAUUCGCAAUUCGGCGCAGAUCCACUUCCGCAACGUGACCAAGCAUACGGUGCACAACAUGAUGAUCAAUUUUGGCGAGUUGAGGCUGGAAACCAACAAGAACAACGUUUACAAUGCGGCCCAAGUGUUGAAGGAAAUGCGAAAGGCAUUCGAAGUAGAACCGAGUGACUUUAUCGCAAGACUUGCCGAGAUCCAAACUAUGAAUGUCAGUCGAUGUCCUACCAAUAACGCAAACGGAAAUAUCGUUAAAGACAAUCAAGACAAGCCGAUUGGCGUGAGCCCGAUGAAGCCGUUGAGCCGAUUGGAGCAUAAUGGGUACACGAAGGUACCAAAUGGAGUACCUGACAAUACACGUGAUCUUGAUUUCAAUGCUAUUGAAGACGACUACGAUUUCAAUGAAAGCGCUAGUAUGAUAAAACCAAACAAUGUUCAAAUGACUUCUCGUAAGCCGCUGGUGGAUCCUAUUUCAGAAGGCUCAAACUCUGGCGAAGAGCAAUAUCCGCUUACGUCGCAAUUGAACAAAUCCGGAAUGAGACUUGAUUACGAGAAGGAACUUUGGAAACAAAAAGUUCGUCCAGUUAGCCAGCAAUCCAUCGCUUCAAUUGAAAAUCGUGAAUUGGGCAACAAAACUAAAACUACCAUCAACUCCAACGGUAGCUAUUCGGGUGGAAAUUCGAAUAGCUAUUCGAACGGUGCAUACUCGAAACAAGAAGACGUAUUGGAAAAGCCAAAAUCAACAGUCUCGUUCUUGCAUAAGCUUGAAAUGCGCAAAAAGCAACGAGCAGCAGCCGCCCAGAAACAACCAAUUUCUGAAGAAGUGGAAGAUAGAUCGCGCUAUGCAGAAAUCAACAUCAUCCCAGCCGGAUAUCAGAUUGGCACCUUGAAAUUCGAAAACGGGAAAGUCAUCGCCGGAGAGAAGGCGGAUCCACCGGAAAGUAAGCCAAAUUCGUGGGGUUACAACAAACCGCGGAACAUGGGACAAGAGCGUAGCAAACAUCAACAACAGCAACAGCAGCAAAGUGACGAGUAUGAUACUGACCAUGGAAAAGUCUACGUGACCAAAAACGGAAGUCGAUUUGAUCGAGUGAUUGAAGACGAAGCAUGCAUCCGGUCAAAGCUGAGCCACCAACGGUUGCUAGUGCACGGUAAGCGAGUUCCGAAACCGGUGGAAAACCUGGAGAGUGCUAACUUCUGCCCAGAGGUGCACCGCGAACUGAGUAUGCUGAAUUUCCGAUCGAUCCACCGCAUCCAAACGUACUCGUGGCCGCAUAUACUUCGAGGGAACUCGUUCUUCUGCGUCAAUGCGGCGACUACUGGCAAAACGUUUGCAUAUUUGCCAGCUAUUUGUUCGUCCGUUAUGAAAAUGUACGACGAAGAACUCGCAGCUAAAGGUGCUGGUCCGUUGGCGAUUAUCGUUUGCAAAUCCUCCAGGGAAGUGCAACGUGUAACAAGGCAUUGCAGGAAGAUGUUGAAUAGCGCAGUGAAUCCUUCCAUGACAGUGGUAGAAGCAUUCGGGGCCAGAGAUAUUCCUAAAGCCUGUAACCUCUUGUUAAACGGAUGCGCCAUCCUCGUAGCCACUGCCCCAGGUAUAAGACGAGUCUACGAAAAUAUGCCCAAUGCACUUGUCAAGGAACGCGUUCAGUCCGUUGUAAUCGACAACAUCGAUAUCAUAAUCGAGCGCUUCGGCAACGAACUGCAGUUGCUUUGCAAAAUAUGCGAUAAGCCUGAACUGCAGAUGGUCAUCACAACGACAUACUGGAGUCCAUUGUUCUUUGGCUUUUUGAAAAGAUACAAGAAUAUGAUUAUGUGCAUUGGAGCAUACCUAGAGGCGGCCAUAUAUGGGAAAUCAAACUUGUUGUUGCAACUGAAUUCCAAGCUCACGAAAAUUGACGAAGUUUUGCACUUCGUACAGCAGACCAAUUAUCAAAACGAACGAACCAUGAUCGUAUGCAGCGAAGCUGAGGAAGUUUACGAAUUGGUUGAAAUGUUGAAGUCACAGUCGAUCUCUCACAUGUUUUGCAACGAUGCAACCACAUUGGCGCAAAUGGAUGGCUUCAAAGAAUGGGACAAUCAGCUGCCUGGCGAGAUGCACGUGUUGGUUUGCUAUGACGGAGUUAUCCCCGAUUUGGAGAUCAGCAAAGCGCAACAUAUAAUACACUUCUCGUUGCCCAACUCUUGGACCAUGUUCACCAGACGAUUCGCCUGCUCGUUUGGGUAUUACCGAGAUCCCUUCCGUGACGAUGACAGUAAGUCGCAAAAACCUGCAUCUUCGGUUAUACUGUUAGACGAGAAUAACAACGAACAACUUCCCAAGCUAAUUGAGUUUCUGAAAAUUCACAAUCAUGAAGUGGCAGAGCCAAUCAUCAAAUUGGCAAAUAAUAUUCGCAUCCAGCAAGAGGAACAGAAGCUCGCGGAAGGCAACUACGUGGACUUUUGUCCACAGGUGCUUGAGUUUGGAAAAUGUCGAACGCCCGGGUGUAUGAAGCGCCAUCUAUUCACGAUCAGAGAUCUACCGUACGGCGAUGUGCCUUCUAGUGGCAUUGUCAAACUGAAGGUCUUCAACAUGUUCUCACCGACGCACUACACGGCCCGGGUUCUGGAGCAUCGGGACUACGGCGCCAAGAGCUGGACUCCGGUGAAUAAUUCCCAAGACUAUUUCGCCCUGGACUUGGCCAUACAGCAGCAUUAUGCCAAUGAAGAUCGCCAUUGUGAUCACGGCCCCGUACACUACAAUGAUUGGUGUACCAUAUUCGACGAGUUCCGCUACUGGCGUUGCCGGAUUGUCAGCAUCGAACAGAAAAAAGAAAUUUCGGUAACACGGAAGGUCAAAGUAAAAUUGCUUGACGUUGGCCGAACUAUUGAUUGCGUGUCAUCCGAGUUGCUGCAUCUGCCGGAAGAAUUCCGCCGAUUGCCACCGCAAGCAAUCGAUAUCCGCAUCGUGGGAGUGGUUCCACAUGACUUCGAACUGGAGUGGGACAAACAGGCUACUCUGAACAUUCGUGAAUGGAUCUACCGGUAUACCAACAAUGACAAAUUCCACGUGGAAGGCAAAGUGAUGCUAACGAUCAAGGAUACCAUUUGGGUGGACACAAUCCGGCUGGUGCAGCACCUAGAGGGCAUCAAUACCGAAAUAAUGGAAAUUCACGUGAAAUCAGAGAUUGUUGGUAAGAACUUUGGCGUAGUUGAUAAAGAGCCACUGGAAUUGUUAUCUCAGAUGGUGGAAAAUUGCCAAGCGUUCCGAGAGAAAGCGAUUGCGGAAGGACUUGAAGAAGAAAUGGAAUCUGUAAGGCAGGAGAUCGACGAGAAUGACGAGGGUCAAGUUUCCAAACUAGACCAGUUUGUCCAAAAAAUGGAUAAGUUGGAUAUAAUCAACAGGCCAGUGCAACCCAAAAUACUGAAACCCAUGGAGUUGAGUGAAACAGACUCGGAUGAUUCCAUCUCAGAGCAAAACGUACCUGAAUAUCACGACAGUGAUGUAGAUAACGAAUCGAAAGUGGAAAAAGAACUGCAGCUGGUAAAACCAACAAUGCGCAGCUUCAAUGAAGUGUACGACGAAAUCGAAGAAGACGCUACCCAUGAAGUAUACAUUUCCCAGUAUUAUGCCCCAGACGAUUUUUAUAUUUGUAAAGUUGACAAGUUUUCUUUUAUUUCGUCUAUGAUUCACAAUUUCACUGAAGAUGAAACAAACCUGAUUCCCCUCGAAACGGUUGCAGUAGGAGACUACUGUUUGGCGUUGUACGAUAGUAAUUACCAGCGCGCCAAAGUGACGCACAUUGAAGGACGAGACAUCCGGCUAUUCUUCCUGGAUCUUGGUGGCUACGAAACCUAUAGACAGAUCGACUUGUUCAAACUCCCAGAUGAUCUUCUUAAGGCGUCAGCCUUUUGUGCCAUCAAAGGAGAGGUGGCAUGCUUGAAACCACGUGAGAAUGAAGAACAAGGCUGGAACCCAGAGAUUGGCGAUAGAAUCUACGACGAAGUGCUUUGCCAAUACAGAAGCUUUAAUGCGAAAGUGAUCGAAAAAAUCUCCACUGCUCAUGUGGAAUCGCUCAUCAAGUGUAAAUGUUAUCGAUUACUGCUAUUCAGCCCAGAGCAUGAACUUGAGUCGUGGAUUUAUGACGAUAUUGUUGAGCUGCAACUUGCCCGAUAUAUUGAAGAAGAGAGGCCCUUUUCAAUCGACAUCCACUUUGAAGAUGAUGUUGUUCGGCAUUUGUUGGACCCGAAUUACAAGCAGCAAACAUCUUCAACCGAUGAUGAGCAGGAACCUCGCAUUGUUGAAAUCGUCGAGCCUAAAGAUAAAGCUUCUUCUGCAGAGGACCAAGUUAAGACAACGAAACCAUCGAAUAAGCUUGCCUUGCUCAAAAAACGAUUGCGAAGGAAGAAGUCCAUUACGAGCAUUGCUUAUCCUCGCCUGAAAUGUGACUUCCGUAGUCCCAAAACUAUCUGGCGUCAAGACGAACAACUAAUUGUGAUACGUGCAGUGGCUCCGGAGAAUGUUCGGUAUGAUCUACUAGUUGACUCUGAUUCGCUGAAAUUAUGUUACAUCGACGCUGACGAAAAAUAUCUUCUGUCGAUUGUGUUCUUCGCUCAAAUUAUGCCUGAGUUGACGGUUCAUGAGGUGCGUGGACUGUCAAUUGUGAUACGUUUGGCAAAGUUAGUUCCGGUGGUGCAAUGGCCAUCACUGAUGCGAAAUGGAGACAAGGUACCCUGGCUGCAGCAGUGUAUCGAGUUGUCCAACUCGGAUGAAACGGACGGAACGGAUGGAAUGCGCAAUACUUCGCCAACAGUGCCAAACCUGGAAUCUACGGACAGUUUAAGUGAAGAGACCGAUUACGAAAAUGACUUCGACCGAUUUGAUCCAUUGGCAGAUGAUUAUUUCCUGCGGGAUGGUUAAAAAUGGUCUACAGUUUGUUUUAAACGUUGUAAAAUAGUUUUUUUUUAUUACAAAUAAAUAUAAACCGUUAAUGACAACCAUGAA